UAUAAAUAGGUCGAAAAAGGGGCAAAUGUAUCACUUUGUCUCAGAGCGAACAGCGGAAGUACGCGUCUCCGAGAACGUGCUGAUUCCCAGCAAGACGACGCAGUACUUAAAGAGCUUUCAACUCGAGGCAGUGCGCUUUCUCUAUAAACGGCUGUCCAAAAAAGAGUUUUGCAUUUUUAACGAUGAGAGCGGUUUGGGCAAAACAGCGUCUGUUGUGGCCCUGUUAAGUGGACUGGGAACGGUCAAGAAUACGCUAAUUGUGUUGCAGAACGAUGAUCAGUUGCUGGCUGGCUGGCAGUUUCACCUGGGAGUGCUCACUGAUUUGCCCGUAUGCGUUAUUAAGAACGUUAAUGACACCACAGAAUCGGCGCAUAGCGUUUAUCUGAGCAAGUGGAGUAUAUUACGCAGCAUAGGCGAUCUCAGCAAGCUGAAUUUUGACUACAUCAUUGUAGAUCAUCGCGGAUACACAUUAAAUAAUAAUUUUUGCACUUCCAUGCUGCUGAAGCAAUUCGAAGGCAAAGUGAACAUUGUGAUCUCUAGUGUGGACAUAACGUCCGACGUUAAGUUGCUGUAUAAGGUGAUGCAAUUGGGAGGCUGUUUGGAUCAUCAAUUCAAGUGCUUUAGAAGUUUUGAGAGCAAGUUUCAUCUACCAGAUGUUAAGGAGGUGCUAAGCAAGCGUGUCGAUAUCGAGGAGUACUAUAAGCAGCGGGGUAUCCUUGGCGAAUACAUCAAAGAUUAUCGUCUUCGUCGCUAUCGCCAUCAGUUUGAUUCAUACCUGCCUCUUGUCACGGCCGAGCAAUACAAGAGGAACCUAUCUCUGUGGCUGGGCGAGAACAAUAGCAGCAGCACAAUAAGUGACUCAACUGUAGGAUCGAAAACAUCAGACGUUCCUUCCACAGGCGACACCGAAGAAAUCUUUGAGUGUAUAUUAAGCCUUCAACGGGAGCGACAUUUAGCGGAAUGCCAGGAGCCAGAUAAAAUAUCUCUGUCUGAGCACAGUGAUGACGUGAUUGCAAUGGAGCCAUUGAUUUUGGAGUCCGAAUCAGAACCUGAGGUUGAAACGGAUGACCAUGCGAAGAAGUGCAGCACUAAUGUGGUAUUGCUUUCCAGCGAUGAUUGCGAAAUUAUUGAGUCGUCGCAAUCGGUGUCAAUGACAUCGAACUCACCAGCCAAACGAAAAUACAUGAAACGUGUACAACCUCCAAAGUCAGUGGAGCUGACCGAAUCGGAAACGGAAGAGCCGCCUAAUACGUCGACGAAAACAAGGAAAGUACUUAACGUGAGGCUAAGACGAGCGUCCAUUCAGAGCAACCCCAUGAACUCUGUGAAGGCUUCGUCUAAAAGAUCACCCGAUUCUCCGCGUAAGUCGAAGUCACCUAUAAAACCCGAGCCGAAAACUCCGAAACGUGACACGUUGCCACCCGCAUCUGCUGCUGUACAUACUCGUGGCAAUCUAUUUGGCGCUACACCACGUCCACAUAUAAAUAGGUCGAAAAAGGGGCAAAUGUAUCACUUUGUCUCAGAGCGAACAGCGGAAGUACGCGUCUCCGAGAACGUGCUGAUUCCCAGCAAGACGACGCAGUACUUAAAGAGCUUUCAACUCGAGGCAGUGCGCUUUCUCUAUAAACGGCUGUCCAAAAAAGAGUUUUGCAUUUUUAACGAUGAGAGCGGUUUGGGCAAAACAGCGUCUGUUGUGGCCCUGUUAAGUGGACUGGGAACGGUCAAGAAUACGCUAAUUGUGUUGCAGAACGAUGAUCAGUUGCUGGCUGGCUGGCAGUUUCACCUGGGAGUGCUCACUGAUUUGCCCGUAUGCGUUAUUAAGAACGUUAAUGACACCACAGAAUCGGCGCAUAGCGUUUAUCUGAGCAAGUGGAGUAUAUUACGCAGCAUAGGCGAUCUCAGCAAGCUGAAUUUUGACUACAUCAUUGUAGAUCAUCGCGGAUACACAUUAAAUAAUAAUUUUUGCACUUCCAUGCUGCUGAAGCAAUUCGAAGGCAAAGUGAACAUUGUGAUCUCUAGUGUGGACAUAACGUCCGACGUUAAGUUGCUGUAUAAGGUGAUGCAAUUGGGAGGCUGUUUGGAUCAUCAAUUCAAGUGCUUUAGAAGUUUUGAGAGCAAGUUUCAUCUACCAGAUGUUAAGGAGGUGCUAAGCAAGCGUGUCGAUAUCGAGGAGUACUAUAAGCAGCGGGGUAUCCUUGGCGAAUACAUCAAAGAUUAUCGUCUUCGUCGCUAUCGCCAUCAGUUUGAUUCAUACCUGCCUCUUGUCACGGCCGAGCAAUACAAGAGGAACCUAUCUCUGUGGCUGGGCGAGAACAAUAGCAGCAGCACAAUAAGUGACUCAACUGUAGGAUCGAAAACAUCAGACGUUCCUUCCACAGGCGACACCGAAGAAAUCUUUGAGUGUAUAUUAAGCCUUCAACGGGAGCGACAUUUAGCGGAAUGCCAGGAGCCAGAUAAAAUAUCUCUGUCUGAGCACAGUGAUGACGUGAUUGCAAUGGAGCCAUUGAUUUUGGAGUCCGAAUCAGAACCUGAGGUUGAAACGGAUGACCAUGCGAAGAAGUGCAGCACUAAUGUGGUAUUGCUUUCCAGCGAUGAUUGCGAAAUUAUUGAGUCGUCGCAAUCGGUGUCAAUGACAUCGAACUCACCAGCCAAACGAAAAUACAUGAAACGUGUACAACCUCCAAAGUCAGUGGAGCUGACCGAAUCGGAAACGGAAGAGCCGCCUAAUACGUCGACGAAAACAAGGAAAGUACUUAACGUGAGGCUAAGACGAGCGUCCAUUCAGAGCAACCCCAUGAACUCUGUGAAGGCUUCGUCUAAAAGAUCACCCGAUUCUCCGCGUAAGUCGAAGUCACCUAUAAAACCCGAGCCGAAAACUCCGAAACGUGACACGUUGUUGCCAGUUACGCCUAAAACUGAGCCAAGGUCAGCACGCUCCGAUGGAAAGAAAAACGUUGACAUGGAACCCAGGCAGACGCGUGGAAUGCAAAGAUUAACGCGUUCGGCGGACUCACGCUCGAACAGUAAGUACAUGACGCAGCUGAAGUCGCUGGAUUAUGAGAAGAAAGGGACACCCAGACGGAAACGCAAUUCCGGCACUAAUCAAACGCCCAAAAGUAGCAAGGUGAAAAAGGAGAAGAUUACUGUGAAGCAAGAGAUUGCAGUCACGCCUAGGACAUCAAAGACAAUGCCAAUGAAAAUGAGCCAAAAAGAACCAGAAGCCAAAAGGACGACGAGGAGCCGAGCAGAUAAGGAACAUUUCUCCAAUAUGCUGACCUCUUUGCCUGACAAUAAAAGAGUCAAAAAGGCCAGUUGUAAAACAGUUAAGGUUCCGCCCGCUGCCACGUUGAAGCCACCCGCAUCUGUUCCGAAUAACGAAAGAAAGAGCAAGGCCAGCCCAAAAGUCGUAACGACUUCACCAGCAGUUACAGCCGAUCUACCGAAUUCUCCUCUGGGCAACCAAAAAAAUGGAAAGACCAACUUCAAACCCGUGGCAGCUGCACCCGCUGCAACACCUGAGCUGCUAAGCUCUGGUUCCAUUUUGUCUGAUAACUCGUAUUUGCAAUGCGCGCAAAAAUUUCCAGAGAACCUCGCAGAACUCGAGGCAUUGGAUCUGCCCGAGUUUCGGGUGCCGCACGCACCGCCGACAAGUCAACUGUUGUUGCCCGUGAAUCUGAACCUGCUUAGUGGCUCCGAGGUGGCUGUCGUACCCAGUCCAAACACAAAGCCAGAUGUCGUGGUGAUCAACAGUUCGCAUGAUGAGAGCUCGCAGCCAUCGACUAAGCCAUCGCAAAGCCGGCGCACUCGAGCAUUGAAGAGGAAGUCUGUAGCUCCGACAAAGGAGAAACAGUCUCAGCCGACCACCUCCCGCUUCGGCCUCAUGCUGGCACAGCAUCGCGGCUCGGUGAACAAAUCCCCAGACAUAUUCAGCAACUGCUCGGAAGCGUCGCAAGUGUCGCUAGCGCAGCCUGUGCCAUUUGAGGGCUUCAAAAUAUUCGGCUCGGAGGUGGGGCAGCCUCAACAGCAGCUGCAUGACAAAACAGGCGCGGCCAUGCCGGCUAAAAGGAAGCGCGAACGCUCCUGCCUGGAACUUUUGGAGAAAAUGUUUGAGCCCCAUCAGGCUAAGCAUACCGAGCUGGGUGUUCAAUUGCUGCCGGAUCUGCCGAGCCCCAAGCAGCAGUUGCCACAGCGUCGGUUCACAUUGUUGGACGACGACAUCUUUGAGAUAACCAAUAAUGGGGAAUUCGGCAGUCGUCUGCGAGUUGACUCCGCGGGCAACGUGUCGCCCGUGCAGCAACAGCAGCUGGCACAGCGUAACAAAAUCACUAACUAUCUGAUCAGCUCUAGUGGCGCUCCGGAGGAUACGGGCCAGCGUACACAAUCCAGCCAAUUGCUGCGAAAGUCACCCAAGCCGCUCAAAUCCACGCAAUCCACAAAGCUGACGCGCUGGUUUGGCACGGCGAUCUCUGGCGGAUCCCAGAGCGCGCCUAGCACACCUGUGCUGCCCACCGAGAAAGCGGAUCGGGCCCGAUUGGCACGCAGCGCGGGAUCCAAGAAACGCAAGCGACUUGUGCUGGACAAGUGACUCGAUAUCGAUAUCAAGUUGACGACGUGAUCUAUUCAAAAGACUCGAGAGACUCAAGACUAUGUAGCGAGUCGAGCUAAGAAAAUUUGCCAAAACUCUUAUCAAAAUCUAAGUCCCAUUGUCUAACAACCCAACCAAACUUCACUU